UUCAGCUGUCAUGAAAUUCAUGUACACGCAGAAUAAGGCCCACAGAUACUGUCUCACCCCUCCUUCCUAUAAAACUUGUCCCCAAUUUUCUCAUUCACUCACAACCAAUUUCCUUCAAAUUUACGUAAUUUCAAGAAAAAUGGAAAGAUCUUGUUCAGCACCUGCUUUUGAGAAGGACGAUCUGAAUCUGCGAUUAGGGCUUCCCGGAAGAGACGAAUCGGAGCAGCCAUCUUCAUCUUGCGCCAAGACCAACAAGAGAUCCUCAUCGGAGAUGGACACCUCUCCCCACAACAAUCAAUCCGCCGCCCCACCUCCUAAGGCACAAGUAGUUGGGUGGCCGCCGGUGAGAUCUUACCGGAAAAACGCUCUGCAGGCGCAGAAGCAGCCGGAAUCGGAGGGAUCCGGGAUGUUCGUGAAGGUGAGCAUGGAUGGAGCUCCAUAUUUGAGGAAGAUUGACCUCAAAUUCUACAACAACUACUUGGAUCUACUCAAGGCCUUGGAGGGCAUGUUCAAGUGUACCAUAGGUAAUGAAUCUUGUACAUUAAUUAUGGCGUUACGCUUAUCUUUUUCUUUUUUUCGUGGUGUUAAUAUGAGUGGUUUUAAUUGUUCAGGUGUUUACUCGGAGAGAGAAGGGUACAAUGGGUCUGAAUUUGCGCCAACUUAUGAAGACAAAGAUGGGGAUUGGAUGCUUGCUGGUGAUGUUCCAUGGGAGAUGUUCAUCACUUCUUGCAAGAGGCUGAGGAUCAUGAAGGCCUCCGAAGCUAAAGGAUUGGGUGGCUGCUUGUAGAGAUCCGGUCGAAAUUUUUUAAUUCGACUCGAAAUUGGCAUCCCUAAAUGGAAGAAUCGAUUAGGGAGGGAUGGGGAUGGGCUUGUUCAAGAAAAUAUUGUCUGGAUGAAGACAUGAAUUGAGCAAGUUAGGGCACGGCGGGCUGCUUUGUACAAAUCAUAGAGAAGCAGUAGUUUGUUUGUUUAUCUCUUUGCUCUGCAAUUGUUUGUAUUUACAUUGAGGAAAGAAUAAUAUACUCCUUAUGUAAAAAUAAUGAUACUAAACAAAAGUUAGAAUACAAUUUUCCCA